UAAACACGUGUGUAAACAGUCGUUCUGAUUGUGUUUGGGUUUUGUUAACAACUGUCACUGUCUGGUUCUGGAACAAUACAGACACGUUAGCAUUGUUAGCAUCGUGCUAAUGCUCCCGUUUGCUCUAUGUUGAAUAAAGGUGACCGUGCUGUACUUUGCAAAAAGUGCCGAAUUAACGGGAGUAAAAUCGGAGACGAUUAGAGUGAACUCCGAGCUAACGAGCCUUCAGCUGUGGCAGGAACUGGAGCACAAACACCCGAAACUCGCCGUGGUUCGUGAGCAGGUGGUUUUGGCGGUGAGGAGAGAGUACGUGGCUGUGGGCGAGCAGGUCGUGUGUCUACAGCCUGGAGACGAGGUGGCCGUGAUCCCGCCGCUCAGCGGGGGCUAAACACACACCACAG